CUUCCCAAGAUGGCGUGCGUGCUGAAGGCCGUGGCUGCGGGCGCCCUGGGCGUAGGGCGUUUUUCCAGACUUCAAAUUCCGUUUCCAACAGUAAGAACUUUUUCCACGUCACAGUCCUCGCAUCACGUGGCAGGUCCUGUAUGGAACCUGGGUCGCCUCAAUCAUGUAGCGAUAGCAGUGCCAGACUUGGAAAAAGCCAAAGCAUUUUAUAAGAAUGUUCUGGGGGCCCAGGUAAGUGAGGCGGUCCCUCUUCCUGAGCAUGGAGUAUCUGUUGUUUUUGUCAACCUGGGAAAUACCAAGAUGGAACUGCUUCAUCCAUUGGGAAGUGACAGUCCAGUUGCAGGUUUUCUGCAGAAAAACAAGGCUGGAGGAAUGCAUCACAUCUGCAUUGAGGUGGAUGAUAUAAAUGCAGCUGUGAUGGAUUUGAAAGAAAAGAAGAUCCGUAGUCUAAGUGAAGAGGCCAAAAUAGGAGCACAUGGAAAACCAGUGAUUUUUCUCCAUCCUAAAGACUGUGGUGGAGUCCUUGUGGAAUUGGAGCAAGCUUGAUUUAUAUUUGCAAGAAACUAAGUUAAUUGACCUGAAAAAGCCUCAUGAGAAUGAACUUUGGCAUUGAGUCCUUCACUGCUUCCAUCACUGAAAAGUUCAAAGCUAAAAACUAAAUU